UUUUACUGCGUCAAGUGGAUCGACUGGAAAGGGGAGAGGACUCCAGUCAUCAUGCAGAGUGAGAAUGGACCUUGUCCUCUCUUGGCCAUCAUGAACAUCCUCUUCCUGCAGUGGAAGGUGAAGCUUCCCCCGCAGAAGGAGGUGGUCACAGCUGAGGAACUGAUGGCACAUUUGGGAGAUUCCAUUUUGGCCACCCAACCCCGAGAACCAUCCGAGGGACUCCAACUCAACUUCCAACAGAACAUCAAUGACACCAUGACGGUUCUCCCGAAGCUCUCGACGGGGUUGGACGUCAACGUGAGGUUCACUGGUGUCUCAGAUUUUGAGUACACCCCGGAGUGCAUCGUCUUUGACCUCCUCAAUGUCCCACUCUACCAUGGUUGGCUCGUGGACCCUCAGAAUUUAGAGGUGCUCCAAGCCGUGGGCAAGCUCAGCUACAACCAACUGGUGGAGAAGAUCAUCACCUGCAAACAGGCUAACGACUCCAGCCUGGUGAGCGAAGGACUGGUGGCUGAGCAGUUCUUGGAGUCCACCGCGUCCCAGUUGACCUACCAUGGGCUGUGUGAGCUCACGGCCACCGUCCGGGAGGGAGAGCUCAGCGUCUUCUUCCGCAACAACCACUUCAGCACCAUGACCAAGCACAAGGGUCACCUCUACCUGCUGGUGACAGACCAAGGUUUCCUGCAGGAGGAAGGAGUGGUCUGGGAGAGCCUCCACAACGUGGACGGAGACAGUUGUUUUUGUGACACGAAUUUCCACCUCAGCCACACUUUGGCCAAGGAAGGAGCCACUGCAGCCACCCCAGACCACCAGGUGCAGAGACAAGUGGACCAGGAUUACAUGGUGGCUCUGUCCUUGCAGCAGGGACAGGGACAGGGACAGGGACAGGAUCCAUCCUUUGUGCUCAGUGACCUGGAGUUGGCUCGGCAGCUGCAGCAGGAGGAGUAUCAACAGUUGGUGCUCGAGCAGCUGGAGAAAGGAGACAGAGGCAGAAACCAGAUUUGGAUUGUGUCCUACUCUAACCUCCUCUCU